AUGGCUUACGAUACAUAUACAGAAAGUUAUAUCAGUACCAUCGGUGUAGAUUUCAAAAUUCGUACAAUUGACCUUGAAGGAAAAACAGUAAAAUUACAAAUUUGGGAUACAGCAGGUCAAGAACGUUUUCGUACAAUCACAUCUUCCUAUUACCGUGGGGCUCAUGGGAUUAUUGUAGUUUAUGAUGUUACUGAUCCAGAUACCUUCACUAACGUAAAACAAUGGCUCCAGGAAAUUGACCGAUAUGCUUGUGAAGGAGUAAAUAAAUUAUUGGUUGGAAAUAAGAAUGAUUUAGCAAAUAAGAAAGCUGUAGAAUAUUCAGUUGCAAAGGAGUUUGCCGAUCAAUUAAGUAUUCCAUUCUUGGAAACAUCAGCUAAAAAUGCUACAAAUGUUGAACAAGCCUUCUUAACAAUGGCUAAACAGAUUAAAGACAGAAUGGGCACGACAACAGUCUCAACUGGAGCACCAAAACAAACUGUUAAAGUUGGACAAGGUGCACCGGUGCCACAACAAUAUAGUAGUGGAUGUUGUUAG